CUUGCAGAAACACCAGUGGUCACAUUGAUAAGUAGAUGAAUGUUUUGGAAACCCGAAGGUCAUAAAUUUCCUUUAUUUCAUUUGCGCAGCAUAUAUUCCCGCACAAUUCUCGAGCAUGCGCUGCUGUAGGCCCGGGAAAUUGCGCCAGCUUUGCCGGCUUUGCCAGCUGUCGACAGGUGCAAAGGGUUGCACAAUGGACCUUCCCAAGACUUUUUCGGCUAAAGUGUCUAUUUGUGCCAUCUUGCCUUUCUUCCUUUUCUCUACGUUCUCCUGUACUGAUUUCCUUCCUCGUCCAUCUCUCUUCAAAGCAUCUUUGGUCGUGUUUUGGCCUGCCUUAGCAACACCGUUCUAACAAGACUGCUCUCAAUCGCAUUUUCAUCAGUUUUGGCUUUUACACAGCUUACCAGUUUCAACUAUCCACAUCAUGGUUGCUGUAAUCCUCAUUAUGUCUCUGGUGCUGGCCAGUGUCGGUGCCCAAAAGGCUCACAGCACCCCGGACUUUGACUAUCACGGCUGCUCCAAGGUAGAUGUUUCCUGCUUUGGACAGCCCAUGUCUCUCCCAAACAACCGUAUUACCCCUGAAGCAUGUCAGAAUGCAUGUACUGGUUUUCAAUAUGCUGCCUUGCUGAACGAGUGAGUUGUAUCGUGCUUGUGAGACACUUCGAGCAAACUCUAACUAAAUCCAGGGAGUGCCGAUGUGGCAAUGACCCAAAGAGCAUUCAAGAGGUGGAUGAGGCAAUGUGUGACCACUGCUGUAUGAACGAUCCCAAACUUGGCGAAUGUGGAAACUCUUGCCCUCCGGAGCAUCCCAGCAUCGCCAAUGUCUAUCAAAGACACGCCGUCUUACAGCAAUACACCAGUGUUUCUCCUGCUCCUCCACCACCGCCUGUGGAACCAUCCUGUCCCCCAAAGUCAACAGAGCAACCAGUGCCAGAACCCGUGUCGGUCAGUGAAGUCGUUUCAGAGUUGCCUGCUGCUUCUGCUCCCUGCCCCUCGUCUACACCACCUCCUUACCAGGCUCCCCAAGGCUCAGCCCCAGCUCCUCAGACAUAUGCAACAGCAGUUAACUCAUCGGCUCAGCCGACAACUUUAGUGGCAGCAGCAUCAACUUCACCAUGUGUCAGUCCUGAGCCGGAGAUUUCGCCUGCAUAUCAAUCCAGCGCCUGGGCAGCCUCUACCCAAGCAUAUGGUACUCCAUACGUCCCGUCCCAAGUUCCUGCGGGCUCUGGAUCAGUAUCACUGGUCGCUUUGACUACCACAUUUUUCGUCAUGAUUAUCCUUUCCGUCAUGUUCAACUAAUUUUCCAAGUGGUAUCCUUUCAUUUAUUGUUGGGACUCUUUAUCUUAGGACGCAUCUCAUUCGGUUUCGUGUUUAGGUCCCAUAUUUCGACGCAGAUUAAUAGCUUUGGCAAGCCCGGAGGGGUAAUAAUUAUGAAGAGUUGUAAUCACUAGCAUAUUAUUUGAACCGAUUGUUAGCUAAUUGAAUGCCAUGAUAUAUUCGCAUUAAUUCCAUGGC